GGUCCCGCCGACUACUGUUCUGCCGGGGGUCCUGCCAACCCUAUAUCCUGUCCUGUUGGGGGUCCCGCCGACACCUGCUCCGCCGGGUUUCCUGCCAACACCAUGUCCUGUCCUGUUUGGGGUCCCAUCAACACCAGCCCUUGCUCCGUCGUGGGUCCCACUGACACCGCGCCUGUCCCGCCGGGGGUUCCACCAGCUCCUGCCCGUCCUUGUGCCCGGCCCGCUGAGUUCCCCGGCCGCGGCCUUCGCCCUCGAGCCCGGCCAUCUGAGUGCCGCAGUCUUCGCCCUCACGCCCGGCCCCCUGAGUUCGCCCGCUGUGGCCUUCGCCCCUUUAUGAACUCUGCCUUGCCCCCGGGCCGUCCGCCUGAGACCCCCACCACGAACUCUGACUUGCCCCCGGGCCGUCCGCCUGAGACCCCCACCACGAACUCUGCCUUGCACCCGGGCCGUCAGCCCGAGACCCCUUCCUGAUCCUCUGCCGUGCCCCCGGG